AUGGACAAAUAUUUUGAAGGAAAACGGGUUUUAGUAACAGGAGGAUGUCAAGGUAUUGGAAAAGGCAUAGUGUUAGAAUUAUGGCGGUUGGGAGCAAAUGUCGUAGCGCUUUCUCAUCAAGCAGACAAUUUAAAUAAACUCAAAAAUGAGUACCCUUCCAUAGAAAUAGCUUGCGUAGACCUUUGUGAUUGGGACAAAACUCGAAAAGUUAUCGAUUCUCUGGGCGUCUUCGACGGUUUAGUCAACUGUGCAGGGUUCAUUUACAAUCAACCAUUUUUGGAAUGCUCACCAGAGAUUUUUGCUAUGACAAUGGAUGUUAACGUAAAAGCCAUUCUAAACGUUAGUCAAGUGAUAGCAAAGAAAAUGAUCGCUAAUAAAAUUAAAGGAGCGAUCGUUAAUAUAUCUUCUCAAACGUCGAUGGUAUGGUGUAUUUUUAAAUAUAAACUUGCUAAUGUUUGUAGCUCGUCCGCUCUUGCAGAUCUAUUUAGACUACUACCUCUAAGCAGCCCUCACGCUGCAAUAAAGGAUCACGUUGCCUACGCUUCGUCCAAAGCAGCUGUAGACGCGAUGACACGCGUCAUGGCGUUGGAGCUCGGUCCACACGGAAUAAGAGUAAAUGCAAUCAAUCCAACAGUAAUUUUAACAGAAUUAGGCAGACGAGCCUGGGCUGAUCCGGUAAAAGCCCAAAAUAUGCUCUCAAAAAUACCUUUGGGAAGGUUUGGUGAAGUACACGAAGCAGUAAACGCAAUAGUGUUCCUUCUAAGUGACAAAGCCAGUAUGAUCAACGGAGUUCAACUGCCCGUCGACGGAGGGUUUCUCGCUACA